CUAGUUUGACACCUGUGGGUUAUAACGUCAUAUUGAAAUUUUUGACGUUAUAACAUGAUACUGAACUUUUUUUUUUUCUGGUGUGACAGCAAUACGCAUAUGCACUUUUACUUUAUUCUGGCCACAAUUUAAUUUUCUUCACAAUGUCAUGUUUUUUAAGUUGAAGGGGGGGAUGUCAUUAAAUUAAGGCUUCCAUUGGGCGUCCUUCGUGUUUGGACAUGCUAGGUUAGUGGACGGCACUACGUGUAAUUUGCCAUCGACCCAGUGAAGGGGUGAAGUUACGAAAAAAAAAAUACCGAACACCCCUUCCAACAAUGCUCAGCCUCCUCGGAGCACCGUGACGUCACAUGGCCAUUAAGGCUCGUGAUUGGUCCCGUCAGCAGAUGGGGGAGUCCUAAUGAGCGGGCUCCAGGAGGGGGAAGCGAGCUUGACAUCUCGGGCUGGACCACAACACGUCGCUGCCGGCUUUAUCGCAUCACGCUCAUCCGUGGGCCGUGGGAGACGACACAUCCGCACGCACGCACGCACGCACGCAGCCCACCCUUCCCGACCUUCCCUUUUUUUUUUUUUUUUUUUAAAACAACAUUUUGCUUCCUUUGCUGACUGCAUGUUCAGCCACACACUGCCCCCCCGCGCAUCCUCACGUCGGCCCCGCCGCAUGCAGCCCGGGCGAGCAUGGACAGUCGCGUCCUCGAGCAUCACCCUCACGCCCACUUCGGUGGCUCGUUGGGCGGGCUGGUGGGCUUCCCGUAUCCGCUCGGUGCUCACCACCACCACCACCACCAUCACCACCAGCAGCACCAGCAUCAGCAGCAGCACCACCACUACGAGCUCGCCGGUGCGCACCACCUGCAGUCCGCGGCCGCCGUCCCCUUCACCAUAGACGGAUUACUAAACGGCUCUUGCUCGGCCUCGGUGGUGAGCUCCGGCGCGCUCUUGUCGCCCGACGGCCAGUACAAACUCUCCGAUUCCGGGGACCCAGACAAAGAGAGUCCCGGUUGUAAACGGAGAAGAACCAGGACCAAUUUCACCGGCUGGCAGCUGGAGGAGCUGGAGAAGGCCUUCAACGAGAGCCACUAUCCGGAUGUGUUCAUGCGGGAGGCGCUCGCCCUCAGGCUGGACCUGGUCGAGUCCAGGGUUCAGGUUUGGUUCCAGAACCGACGUGCUAAGUGGAGGAAGAAGGAGAACACGAAGAAAGGGCCCGGGCGGCCCGCACACAACUCCCAUCCGACCACGUGCAGCGGCGAGCCCAUGGACCCCGAGGAGAUCGCGCGGCGGGAUGAGGAGCGCGCCGAAAAGAAGAAACGCAAGCAGGAGAGGAAGCUGCUCAAGUCGCAGAACAAACUUCUGCACGGUGACAGCUUCCACACGCCGGGCGGCUCCGAGAGUGACAGCGGCGUGUCGCAGUUCACCGACAGCGAGCAGCAGCCUUCUUCGGGCCCCAACGGGAAUACUCACGCGGAACUGCCGUUGACGUCGAGGCUUGCCGAAGGACACCGAACCGAAUCCAGCUGUGACCAAACCCGACAUGACUUCAACCACCAAAACCAAAGAAGAGAAGCGGAGCAGGUUUCUCCGGGCAGCACGCACAGCUCCGGUAGCCCUGCGGGCCCGAGAGCCUCGGCCCUGCAGAAGCGCAACCCUUUCAGCGUGGAGAGCCUCCUCUCGGACGCCACGCCUCGUCGGAAGCCGCUGGACUUCCCCUCACUGCCCACCCAGAGGACACUGGUGGGUAAAGGCCACUUCUUGCUUUAUCCCAUUACCCAUCAGCCCCUUGGCUUUCUCGUGCCCCAAAGGGCCCUGAAGGCGUCACCCUGUCAGGACGACAUCAACAGGCUCCACCUGGGACAAAGUCUUGAACAGACAUGCGCUCCCACUGACCUCUCCUGCGCUCUCGCUAAACCUAUAAGCGCGGAUCAUAAAACACACGACCACCAUAGUCCUGCUAGCAAUAGAGUCGACAUAGAGGAGGAGUAUGCCGGCGAUUGUUCCACGCUCGCCAAGUCUCAGGCAUCCUCUCAGUCCGCCGAUUCCGGCGAGGCGGGGAGAGUCCUAACGGUGGCGCUGACCAGUAGCUGCCAAGCCGAGGAGCGGAGUGCAAAGGAGGAGCGAGCGUCUCCGGGCCUCUCCCAGGGUCUCGGCGCGAACACUGACUGUAGGGAAGCGCCUGAAACAGAUGGCGAGGACGUGGAUAUGGACUAACACUUGCUAUAGGAACACACACAAAGCAGCAUUGCUCAGACGCGGUCAGAAACAAGGCUACAGUAGGGGUAUUUUGGUCUUUCAAGGUACAAUAAUGUUCCCCUGAUUAGUGGACUUCCAGGUACAGGUAUGUUUCCAAGAUGUAUAAGCCUCAAUGGAUACAAAAAUGUACAAAAGUCCUUGUACCCCUAAAGCUAUUUUUUUCUGAGAGUGGACUGUUGAAACAUUCCCAAAGCUCUGCAUAGAUGCUUGCAAACAUAUCAGGAAUCGGGAGACUUGAGCCACGUUUCCACCAAGCAACACAGUUCACUUCAGCUCAAGGUCUGGUUUGGAACGCUAAACCCUGCUCCGGCAGGAUUCCAUUGACGAACGAAGCCUCUUUUACUCAGAGAUCCCGGAAAACGGCUCUGUCAGAGCUGUGUCAGAAGAUCCAGUCGCUAUUGCCUUUUAUACAGAUCCCAGCAAAGGCGGGACAUGAUCGCAACAAUGUGCACUUGGUAUAAGAGGUGGCGAAAAUACUCACAUUCUGUAGCUAAGUAGAAGUACAGAUGCUACCACGAAAGGUUGGAGCUGAUAUUCCCUUAAAGAAAGCCAUGGACGGGAAAUAUUGUGCUUCUCCGACUCUGUUGCUGUCGUUAAUGCCCCCCUGUUCACGCUUUUCCACGUCGCUGUUGCCCUUGUUUUUUCUGACUUGAAAGACCCCAAGAUCUCAAUCAAUCCGGAUCUCAACUGCUGUGUACUUUACCUCUCCAC